CCUUAUUCUAUGGUAGUAUUGUUUGUUGUUUGUUUAUUUAUCGUUUAGAUAGUCUGUGGUGUAGAGGUAGAAUGGAAUUGGCGGGAGGUGCGGUGUUAAAAACUAAUUCUUUAUUAUUUAAUAGUAAAGUAUGUCAACUUGAAUUUUCACCUUAUGAGAACACUUCUGAUCUUCUGUGUAUUGCAUUCUCCGACACAACUGUUAUCGCUAAGGUUAAGUUUAAAGAAGAAGACUACAAUCAGGAAAAGCAGUUAGAAUGCGAGAUCCUGCGUGUUUUCAACCACCCAGCUGUGGACACACAAGUCUACUCGCUGGCGUGGAACCCGAAAACCUCCCUCAGCGGCCUGCCCCAAGUGCUGUCCUUCUGCUCGGCGGAGACUGCGGAGGAGACGCACAGGCUCAGAGUCGUCGACUGCGACCUGAGCACCAGUCACGUGUCCCAGGUUUUAAAUGGCCACACGAGAUUCAUAAACUCGGUCACCUACGAUCCGAACGGGUGGUUUCUGGCAUCUGCAAGUGACGAUUGUUCUUGCAAGGUCUGGGCCAUUGGGGAGGAGUACUCUUUGAAGACGACAUUCCGCCUGGACUCACCAGGCGUGGCGGUGUGCUGCCACCCGGAGGAGCCGGGCCGGCUGCUGGUGGCCCAGAAGAACGGCGUGGUAGGCCUGUACAACAUGGACACGGAGAGGGUGGUGCUGUGGUGCGACAGCCUGGCGCCCCUCAUGUCCGCGGACUGGGCGCUGGCCAACAGCUGCUGUGUGGCGGCCGUCGCCGCGGGAGACCUGCUCUUGUGGGAUCUGGCCACCUCCAGCCAGCCCGUGGAGACGUGGCGUCUGUACGGGGGCGGCGGCCAGCGCGUGCAGUUCUCCCGGCUCAGCGAGCAGUACAUCGCCACGGCCGGCCAGCCGGACCACCAGCUCAAGGUCACGCAGGCCGACAGCAACACCCCGCUCCUCACUCUCAACCUCAUGACUGCAGGAGUAUUCACCUGGCAUCACCAUCUACCAUAUAUUUGUGUUGCAGACUACAAUGUGUUGUAUUUUCAUAAAAUAUUGACCACGUAGCAUUUACAAAAGUAUGUUUGUUUUUUUAUGUUUUGUGUGUUAUUAUACACAUGACAGUGUAGCUAAUGGACACAUAAAUGAUAAUUUUUUUUCUUUAGUUAUUUCUUAUUAAAUGUACAAAAUCACCAUUUUAAUAAUACCUGAAGGAUAAGAACAAUAAAUAAUAAAGCAAUAAAAAAA